AUGCGGGUAGAUGUAGCGUCUCUUUGUAUCAAUAUUCCUUUCUUUUAUCAGUCGACUGAGUAUAAUCCGCUAGUGAGACACUUGUCGGCGUUGUUCCAUUUCUAUAUCUCUGGCUUUGUUCAUGCUAAAUUAUCUAUCUAUCUAUCUAUCUAUCUAUCUAUCUAUCUAUCUAUCUAUCUCGGUUUGUUCAUGUUUAUCUAUCUGUUUAUCUAUCUCACUCUGUACAUUAUCUCUCUAUCUAAACUAGUCUGUGCAUGUUUUAUCUAUCUAUCUAUCUAUCUAUCUAUCUAUCUAUCUAUCUCGCGUUGUUCAUAUCUAUCUAUCUAUCUAUCUAUCUAUCUAUCUCGCGUUGUUUCUAUCUAUCUAUCUAUCUCGCGUUGUUCAUAUCUAUCUAUCUCGCUUUGUUCAUAUCUAUCUAUCUAUCUAUCUAUCUAUCUAUCUAUCUAUCUAUCUAUCUAUCUAUCUAUCUAUCUCAUACCAUUCGUAUCUUUCUAUCUAUCUCUCUAUCUAUCUAUCUGUCUCGCCUUCUUUUCGUUUUUUACUUUCUUUUCUUUUUCAUUACACCUGUUCUAUAUUCGCAUAACUUUGGGCAUUUCUCAUUCAUUAGUUCAUUCUUCUUAUAAGUAUUCUGUUAAGUCAUCUUUUCAUUUCUUACCCUGUUACUUUUGUUUCCCUUACAACUUUCUACAAUCUCUUAACGUUUUCAUAUCUCAUUCAUUAUUUAAGUCAUCUUUUCAUUUCUUACCCUGUUCCUUUUGUUUCCCUUACAACUUUCUACAAUCUCUUAACGUUUUCAUAUCUCAUUCAUUAUUUAAGUCAUCUUUUCAUUUCUUACCCUGUUCCUUUUGUUUCCCUUACAACAUUUUACAAUCUCUUAACGUUUUCAUAUCUCAUUCAUUAUUUAAGUCAUCUUUUCAUUUCUUACCCUGUUCCUUUUGUUUCCCUUACAACUUUCUACAAUCUCUUAACGUUUUCAUAUCUCAUUCAUUAUUUAAAUCAUCUUUUCAUUUCUUACCCUGUUCCUUUUGUUUCCCUUACAACAUUUUACACAAUCUCUUAACGUUUUCAUAUCUCAUUCAUUAUUUAAGUCAUCUUUUCAUUUUCUUACCCUGUUCCUUUUGUUUCCCUUACAACAUUUUACAAUCUCUUAACGUUUUCAUAUCUCAUUCAUUAUUUAAGUCAUCUUUUCAUUUCUUACCCUUCUUCUUUUCAUUUCUUACCCUGUUCCUUUUGUUUCUAUUACAACUUUCUACAAUCUCUCAACGUUUUCAUAUCUCAUUCAUUAGUUUAGUCUUCUUUUUCCUUGUUACCGCUUUCUUUUUUUCUUUCCCUUUUUUUUACCUCGAUCAUUUUCUUUUACGUUUCAUCUUUUUCUUAAUUCUUUUAAAUUUUUAUUUUCUCAGUCAUACGUUUAGCCGUCAUUUCGAUUUUUUUACAUUGUUCCUUUUCUUUUUUCAUUUCAUCUUUUCUUCAUUGCUUUAUUCCUUGUCUUUUACAGUGACAUUUUCUUUUUAUAUUCCUUUUCCAUUCAUUGGAUUAUUUCAUUUGACUCGUUUUAACUUCUUUCAUUUUCUCUUUCAUAAAAAUGAUUUUAUUCUUUUCUUUUUUGUAACUUGUCCCUUCUUUUUAAUUCUUUUUACCUUUCUUUUUCUUUUGCCUUUUGUCUUGCCCAUUAUUUUUCUUUUACAUUUUAAUUCUAGAGAUUAG